GACUACCGUUCCUUUACCGCCGCACUCGUGGACUGAAUACGGAACCAGCUCGAAGUCAAAGAAACCGUUUCCGAGCAACUAGCUCGAGGUUAACUUGAGAGACGGCGAGUCGGCGGAGCACGGUCAUCAAGGACGGGUUGCCGCGAUCACGAAGCAGAGCGUCUCUUCACAGUUGACGGUCGCAAGUCAGGCGCCGCUUUCGGGGAUGGUAGCAACGGCACGGAAUCGUGGAAGAUCGAUUCAGGAAACUAUAUAUGUGCUCCUCUGGAAUCGGCGUCGUCGGUGACGGUGCACGCUGGCGGAGGUCGGGCAGCAGUCUCCACGGAUGCCUAAGCCUCACUUGGUGAUCGCUCCAGGACCGGACCGCAGAGAUGGGCACCGAGAUCCCCGUGUGGGUGGGCGGCGUCCAGAAAUGGGUGACGGGCGUCGGACGUCGCACCACCUGCGAGGACGUGGUCCGGGCCCUCCUGGACUCGUGGCGUCCCGCCAAGUGCUCAUCCACGAACAGCGAUUGCCACUACGCCUUGGUGGAGCUCUGUCAACGGGGUAUCGAAAGACACCUCGACGGCCGCUCGCGAAUCCUCAAGCUGUGGGCCGGCGACGACGUCAAGCUGAGCCUCCGACGUGUGAAGCCCCUCCAGUCACCCUGGUCGUCGCCAUCUCCGCCCACGUCUGACCCCUGCGCGGCUCAUUCCCGGCACAGACGCCGGCAUCGGCGGCCCUGCGGCUCGAGUUCGACGUCUUCGAGUCCGUCGCCCUGCCUCUUCAGGACAGUGCAUCCGCGUAAGUUAUCCGCGGCGCAGGAGGAAGGCCGCCAGGUAGCAGACCUGGUCAAGAGCGUCAUCUGCCAGGGAGAGACUUUGGAACGGCAAGCCGCCCUGCUGGCCCGGAGAGACGCCGAAAUCGAGCGCCACGAAACCAAGAUGCACGCGCUUCGGGUACGGCAACUAGGGCCCGACUACCUCCUGGAUGGCUACCGACCAGAGUCUGAAGACGAGUCGCUUCAGACUCGGCAGACGGCGGUGGCGUUGUACGAGCAGCUGCUCGACGUGUGCCGUCGCAUCGCGAGCGAAGAAGAGAAAGUGCAGCGGCUGUCCAGCGAACUCCGUGAAUGCAGCUGGGAGCAAGAGACUCUUCAGCGCACCGAAGACCGGCUGACCGCCGUCAGACAGGAGUUGGACCACCUUUCGGAAUUGGACCGGUCGCAGCAGGAGACGAUGGAGAUGAGCCACGGGUGUCUCUUGAACUGCGAUCGGGUCCUAGCGGAGAAACGGCGGUGUCUCGGGCAACUUGAGGAACAGCUGCGUGUCGCCGAUGCUGAAGCGAUUCACUUGCAGAUACAGCUGCAGCUUGAGGACAGUGUUGGUUCUGCUGGACGGUGCUGUUGCGAUGUGACGGACUCGAGUUCGGACACUGGUGUGAGCUCGAUGCACAGCUGCGAGGAAGGGGUGCGGGCCCUGGACACACUUGUGUGAGAUGCAAUCCUUGUUGUGUCUCUGUUGGAUAUGCUGACUCUACGACUGUUUGCGUGAAGGGGAGAGCGUUCAUGACGGAAGUAAAGAAUAAUUGUGGUUCUAA